AUGAAGCUCAUCGGUGCGAUAUUACCACUUUUAGUGGUAGCAGUAGCAGCAAAUAAAUUCGACAAAGUACAGCGAAGCCGCAUAGUAGAUCAUGGCGAUUAUGAAAAGCAAAUAAUAUUAGACCUCGGAGGUGAGACAGGAGAGAAGUAUGAAUUGGAUAUAGGAAUAAUGGGUUUCCAGGACUUGGUAAAUUCACACAAACAUGGUUUCACGCUGAAAGAAGAUCACGGAAAAUGGCAAAUAGAAGAUGGUGCAGGAACGCAGGCAAUGUCUAAUUCUGACUCGAAAAGCAACAGUGCAUCUGAUGCGAGCAGUUUCUCGAACUCAAGAGCCGCUUCAGAUGCUGCAUCAAGAUCUAAGGCUGGAAGUAAUUCCAACUCUUUGUCAGACACCGGCAGUUAUUCUAGAAGCGGUUCCGGCAGUAGAUCUGACUCCCGUGCAAGAUCGAUCAGUGGUUCAGACUCUUCCUCCAACUCUGGUAGUUAUUCUGGAAGCGACUCGAGCAGUGCCUCUGACUCACUUUCAAGAUCAAGCAGUGGUUCGGACUCAUCCUCCAACUCUGGAAGUUAUUCUGGAAGCGACUCGAGCAGUGGAUCUGACUCACUUUCGAGAUCGAGCAGUGGUUCAGACUCUUCCUCUAACUCUGGUAGUUAUUCUGGAAGCGACUCUAGCAGUGGAUCUGACUCACUUUCAAGGUCAAGCAGUGGUUCGGACUCAUCCUCCAACUCUGGUAGUUAUUCUGGAAGCGACUCCAGCAGUGCAUCUGAUUCACUUUCAAGAUCAAGCAGUGGUUCGGACUCUUCGUCCAACUCUGGAAGUUAUUCUGGAAGCGACUCGAGCAGUGGAUCUGACUCACUUUCGAGAUCGAGCAGUGGUUCAGACUCUUCCUCUAACUCUGGUAGUUAUUCUGGAAGCGACUCGAGCAGUGGAUCUGACUCACUUUCAAGAUCAAGCAGUGGUUCAGACUCUUCCUCCAACUCUGGUAGUUAUUCUGGUAGUGAUUCCAGCAGUGGAUCAGACUCACUUUCAAGAUCAAGCAGUGGUUCGGACUCUUCCUCCAACUCAGGAAGUUAUUCUGGAAGCGACUCCAGCAGCGGAUCUGAUUCACUUUCAAGAUCAAGCAGUGGUUCAGACUCUUCCUCCAACUCUGGUAGUUAUACUGGAAGCGAUUCGAGCAGCGCAUCUGACUCACUUUCAAGAUCAAGCAGUGGUUCAGACUCUUCCUCCAACUCUGGUAGUCAUUCUGGAAGCGACUCCAGCAGUGCAUCUGACUCACUUUCAAGAUCAAGCAGUGGUUCAGACUCUUCCUCCAACUCUGGUAGUUAUUCUGGAAGCGACUCGAGCAGUGGAUCUGACUCACUUUCAAGAUCAAGCAGUGGUUCAGACUCUUCCUCCAACUCUGGUAGUUAUUCUGGAAGCGACUCCAGCAGUGGAUCUAAUUCACUUUCAAGAUCAAGCAGUGGUUCAGACUCUUCCUCCAACUCAGGAAGUUAUUCUGGAAGCGACUCAAGCAGUGGAUCUGACUCGCUUUCGAGAUCGAGCAGUGGUUCAGACUCUUCGUCCAACUCUGGAAGUUAUUCUGGAAGCGACUCUAGCAGUGGAUCUGAUUCACUUUCAAGAUCAAGCAGUGGUUCAGACUCUUCCUCCAACUCUGGUAGUUAUUCUGGAAGCGACUCUAGCAGUGGAUCUGAUUCACUUUCAAGAUCAAGCAGUGGUUCAGACUCUUCCUCCAACUCUGGUAGUUAUUCUGGAAGCGACUCCAGCAGUGGAUCUGACUCACUUUCAAGAUCAAGCAGUGGUUCGGACUCUUCCUCCAACUCUGGUAGUUAUUCUGGAAGCGACUCCCGCAGUGGAUCUGAUUCACUUUCAAGAUCAAGCAGUGGUUCCGACUCUUCCUCCAACUCUGGUAGUUAUUCUGGAAGCGACUCCAGCAGCGGAUCUGACUCACUUUCAAGAUCAAGCAGUGGUUCAGACUCUUCCUCCAACUCUGGUAGUCAUUCUGGAAGCGACUCCAGCAGUGCAUCUGACUCACUUUCAAGAUCAAGCAGUGGUUCAGACUCUUCCUCCAACUCUGGUAGUUAUUCUGGAAGCGACUCGAGCAGUGCAUCUGACUCACUUUCAAGAUCAAGCAGUGGUUCCGACUCUUCCUCCAACUCUGGUAGUUAUUCUGGAAGCGACUCUAGCAGUGGAUCUGAUUCACUUUCAAGAUCAAGCAGUGGUUCAGACUCUUCCUCCAACUCUGGUAGUUAUUCUGGAAGCGACUCCAGCAGUGCAUCUGACUCACUUUCAAGAUCAAGCAGUGGUUCAGACUCUUCCUCCAACUCUGGUAGUUAUUCUGGUAGUGAUUCCAGCAGUGGAUCUGACUCACUUUCAAGAUCAAGCAGUGGUUCAGACUCUUCCUCCAACUCUGGUAGUUAUUCUGGAAGCGACUCCAGCAGUGGAUCUGACUCACUUUCGAGAUCGAGCAGUGGUUCGGACUCUUCGUCCAACUCUGGAAGUUAUUCUGGAAGCGACUCUAGCAGUGGAUCUGAUUCACUUUCAAGAUCAAGCAGUGGUUCAGACUCUUCCUCCAACUCUGGUAGUUAUUCUGGUAGUGAUUCCAGCAGUGGAUCUGACUCACUUUCAAGAUCAAGCAGUGGUUCGGAAUCUUCCUCCAACUCUGGUAGUUAUUCUGGAAGCGACUCCAGCAGUGCAUCUGAUUCACUUUCAAGAUCAAGCAGUGGUUCGGACUCUUCGUCCAACUCUGGAAGUUAUUCUGGAAGCGACUCGAGCAGUGGAUCUGACUCACUUUCGAGAUCGAGCAGUGGUUCAGACUCUUCCUCUAACUCUGGUAGUUAUUCUGGAAGCGACUCGAGCAGUGGAUCUGACUCACUUUCAAGAUCAAGCAGUGGUUCAGACUCUUCCUCCAACUCUGGUAGUUAUUCUGGUAGUGAUUCCAGCAGUGGAUCAGACUCACUUUCAAGAUCAAGCAGUGGUUCGGACUCUUCCUCCAACUCAGGAAGUUAUUCUGGAAGCGACUCCAGCAGUGGAUCUGACUCACUUUCAAGAGCAAGCAGUGGUUCAGACUCUUCGUCCAACUCUGGAAGUUAUUCUGGAAGUGACUCCAGCAGCGGAUCUGAUUCACUUUCAAGAUCAAGCAGUGGUUCAGACUCUUCCUCCAACUCUGGUAGUUAUACUGGAAGCGAUUCGAGCAGCGCAUCUGACUCACUUUCAAGAUCAAGCAGUGGUUCAGACUCUUCCUCCAACUCUGGUAGUCAUUCUGGAAGCGACUCCAGCAGUGCAUCUGACUCACUUUCAAGAUCAAGCAGUGGUUCAGACUCUUCCUCCAACUCUGGUAGUUAUUCUGGAAGCGACUCGAGCAGUGGAUCUGACUCACUUUCAAGAUCAAGCAGUGGUUCAGACUCUUCCUCCAACUCUGGUAGUUAUUCUGGAAGCGACUCCAGCAGUGGAUCUAAUUCACUUUCAAGAUCAAGCAGUGGUUCAGACUCUUCCUCCAACUCAGGAAGUUAUUCUGGAAGCGACUCAAGCAGUGGAUCUGACUCACUUUCGAGAUCGAGCAGUGGUUCAGACUCUUCGUCCAACUCUGGAAGUUAUUCUGGAAGCGACUCUAGCAGUGGAUCUGAUUCACUUUCAAGAUCAAGCAGUGGUUCAGACUCUUCCUCCAACUCUGGUAGUUAUUCUGGAAGCGACUCCAGCAGUGGAUCUGACUCACUUUCAAGAUCAAUCAGCGGUUCAGACUCUUCCUCCAACUCUGGUAGUCAUUCUGGAAGCGACUCCAGCAGUGCAUCUGACUCACUUUCAAGAUCAAGCAGUGGUUCAGACUCUUCCUCCAACUCUGGUAGUUAUUCUGGAAGCGACUCCAGCAGUGCAUCUGACUCACUUUCAAGAUCAAGCAGUGGUUCAGACUCUUCCUCCAACUCUGGUAGUUAUUCUGGUAGUGAUUCCAGCAGUGGAUCUGACUCACUUUCAAGAUCAAGCAGUGGUUCAGACUCUUCGUCCAACUCUGGUAGUUAUUCUGGAAGCGACUCCAGCAGUGGAUCUGACUCACUUUCGAGAUCGAGCAGUGGUUCGGACUCUUCGUCUAACUCUGGAAGUUAUUCUGGAAGCGACUCUAGCAGUGGAUCUGAUUCACUUUCAAGAUCAAGCAGUGGUUCAGACUCUUCCUCCAACUCUGGUAGUUAUUCUGGAAGCGACUCGAGCAGUGCAUCUGACUCACUUUCAAGAUCAAGCAGUGGUUCCGACUCUUCCUCCAACUCUGGUAGUUAUUCUGGAAGCGACUCUAGCAGUGGAUCUGAUUCACUUUCAAGAUCAAGCAGUGGUUCAGACUCUUCUUCCAACUCUGGUAGUUAUUCUGGAAGCGACUCCAGCAGUGGAUCUGAUUCACUUUCAAGAUCAAGCAGUGGUUCAGACUCUUCCUCCAACUCAGGAAGUUAUUCUGGAAGCGACUCAAGCAGUGGAUCUGACUCACUUUCGAGAUCGAGCAGUGGUUCAGACUCUUCGUCCAACUCUGGAAGUUAUUCUGGAAGCGACUCUAGCAGUGGAUCUGAUUCACUUUCAAGAUCAAGCAGUGGUUCAGACUCUUCCUCCAACUCUGGUAGUUAUUCUGGAAGCGACUCGAGCAGUGCAUCUGACUCACUUUCAAGAUCAAGCAGUGGUUCGGACUCUUCCUCCAACUCUGGUAGUUAUUCUGGAAGCGACUCCAGCAGUGGAUCUGACUCACUUUCAAGAUCAAGCAGUGGUUCGGACUCUUCCUCCAACUCUGGUAGUUAUUCUGGAAGCGACUCCCGCAGUGGAUCUGAUUCACUUUCAAGAUCAAGCAGUGGUUCCGACUCUUCCUCCAACUCUGGUAGUUAUUCUGGAAGCGACUCCAGCAGCGGAUCUGACUCACUUUCAAGAUCAAGCAGUAGUUCAGACUCUUCCUCCAACUCUGGUAGUUAUACUGGAAGCGAUUCGAGCAGCGCAUCUGACUCACUUUCAAGAUCAAGCAGUGGUUCAGACUCUUCCUCCAACUCUGGUAGUCAUUCUGGAAGCGACUCCGGCAGUGCAUCUGACUCACUUUCAAGAUCAAGCAGUGGUUCAGACUCUUCCUCCAACUCUGGUAGUUAUUCUGGAAGCGACUCGAGCAGUGGAUCUGACUCACUUUCAAGAUCAAGCAGUGGUUCAGACUCUUCCUCCAACUCUGGUAGUUAUUCUGGAAGCGACUCCAGCAGUGGAUCUGAUUCACUUUCAAGGUCAAGCAGUGGUUCAGACUCUUCCUCCAACUCUGGUAGUUAUUCUGGAAGCGACUCCAGCAGUGGAUCUGACUCACUUUCAAGAUCAAGCAGCGGUUCAGACUCUUCCUCCAACUCUGGUAGUCAUUCUGGAAGCGACUCCAGCAGUGCAUCUGACUCACUUUCAAGAUCAAGCAGUGGUUCAGACUCUUCCUCCAACUCUGGUAGUUAUUCUGGAAGUGACUCCAGCAGUGCAUCUGACUCACUUUCAAGAUCAAGCAGUGGUUCAGACUCUUCCUCCAACUCUGGUAGUUAUUCUGGUAGUGAUUCCAGCAGUGGAUCUGACUCACUUUCAAGAUCAAGCAGUGGUUCAGACUCUUCGUCCAACUCUGGUAGUUAUUCUGGAAGCGACUCUAGCAGUGGAUCUGAUUCACUUUCAAGAUCAAGCAGUGGUUCAGACUCUUUGUCUAACUCUGGAAGUUAUUCUGGAAGCGACUCUAGCAGUGGAUCUGAUUCACUUUCAAGAUCAAGCAGUGGUUCAGACUCUUCCUCCAACUCUGGUAGUUAUUCUGGAAGCGACUCGAGCAGUGCAUCUGACUCACUUUCAAGAUCAAGCAGUGGUUCCGACUCUUCCUCCAACUCUGGUAGUUAUUCUGGAAGCGACUCUAGCAGUGGAUCUGAUUCACUUUCAAGAUCAAGCAGUGGUUCAGACUCUUCCUCCAACUCUGGUAGUUAUUCUGGAAGCGACUCCAGCAGUGCAUCUGACUCACUUUCAAGAUCAAGCAGUGGUUCAGACUCUUCCUCCAACUCUGGUAGUUAUUCUGGUAGUGAUUCCAGCAGUGGAUCUGACUCACUUUCAAGAUCAAGCAGUGGUUCAGACUCUUCCUCCAACUCUGGUAGUUAUUCUGGAAGCGACUCCAGCAGUGGAUCUGACUCACUUUCGAGAUCGAGCAGUGGUUCGGACUCUUCGUCCAACUCUGGAAGUUAUUCUGGAAGCGACUCUAGCAGUGGAUCUGAUUCACUUUCAAGAUCAAGCAGUGGUUCAGACUCUUCCUCCAACUCUGGUAGUUAUUCUGGAAGCGACUCGAGCAGUGCAUCUGACUCACUUUCAAGAUCAAGCAGUGGUUCCGACUCUUCCUCCAACUCUGGUAGUUAUUCUGGAAGCGACUCUAGCAGUGGAUCUGAUUCACUUUCAAGAUCAAGCAGUGGUUCAGACUCUUCCUCCAACUCUGGUAGUUAUUCUGGAAGCGACUCCAGCAGUGGAUCUGACUCACUUUCGAGAUCGAGCAGUGGUUCAGACUCUUCGUCCAACUCUGGAAGUUCUUCUGGAAGCGACUCUAGCAGUGGAUCUGAUUCACUUUCAAGAUCAAGCAGUGGUUCAGACUCUUCCUCCAACUCUGGUAGUUAUUCUGGAAGCGACUCGAGCAGUGCAUCUGACUCACUUUCAAGAUCAAGCAGUGGUUCGGACUCUUCCUCCAACUCUGGUAGUUAUUCUGGAAGCGACUCCAGCAGUGGAUCUGACUCACUUUCAAGAUCGAGCAGUGGUUCGGACUCUUCCUCCAACUCUGGUAGUUAUUCUGGAAGCGACUCCAGCAGUGGAUCUGAUUCACUUUCAAGAUCAAGCAGUGGUUCAGACUCUUCCUCCAACUCAGGAAGUUAUUCUGGAAGCGACUCAAGCAGUGGAUCUGACUCACUUUCGAGAUCGAGCAGUGGUUCAGACUCUUCGUCCAACUCUGGAAGUUAUUCUGGAAGCGACUCUAGCAGUGGAUCUGAUUCACUUUCAAGAUCAAGCAGUGGUUCAGACUCUUCCUCCAACUCUGGUAGUUAUUCUGGAAGCGACUCCCGCAGUGGAUCUGAUUCACUUUCAAGAUCAAGCAGUGGUUCCGACUCUUCCUCCAACUCUGGUAGUUAUUCUGGAAGCGACUCUAGCAGUGGAUCUGAUUCACUUUCAAGAUCGAGCAGUGGUUCAGACUCUUCGUCCAACUCUGGUAGUUAUUCUGGAAGUGACUCCAGCAGCGGAUCUGAUUCACUUUCAAGAUCAAGCAGUGGUUCAGACUCUUCCUCCAACUCUGGUAGUUAUUCUGGAAGCGACUCGAGCAGUGCAUCUGACUCACUUUCAAGAUCAAGCAGUGGUUCGGACUCUUCCUCCAACUCUGGUAGUUAUUCUGGAAGCGACUCCAGCAGUGGAUCUGACUCAAUUUCAAGAUCAAGCAGUGGUUCGGACUCUUCCUCCAACUCUGGAAGUUAUUCUGGAAGCGACUCCAGCAGUGGAUCUGACUCACUUUCAAGAUCAAGCAGUGGUUCAGACUCUUCCUCCAACUCUGGUAGUUAUUCUGGAAGCGACUCCAGCAGUGGAUCUGACUCCCUUUCAAGAUCAAGCAGUGGUUCAGACUCUUCCUCCAACUCUGGUAGUUAUUCUGGAAGCGACUCCAGCAGUGGAUCUGACUCCCUUUCAAGAUCAAGCAGUGGUUCAGACUCUUCCUCCAACUCUGGUAGUUAUUCUGGUAGUGAUUCCAGCAGUGCAUCUGACUCCCUUUCAAGAUCAAGCAGUGGUUCAGACUCUUCCUCCAACUCUGGUAGUUAUUCUGGUAGUGAUUCCAGCAGUGCAUCUGACUCACUUUCAAGAUCAAGCAGUGGUUCGGACUCUUCCUCCAACUCUGGAAGUUAUUCUGGAAGCGACUCCCGCAGUGGAUCUGAUUCACUUUCAAGAUCAAGCAGUGGUUCAGACUCUUCCUCCAACUCUGGUAGUUAUUCUGGUAGUGAUUCCAGCAGUGGAUCUGACUCACUCUCAAGAUCAAGUAGUGGUUCAGACUCUUCCUCCAACUCUGGUAGUUAUUCUGGUAGUGAUUCCAGCAGUGGAUCUGACUCACUCUCAAGAUCAAGUAGUGGUUCGGACUCUUCCUCCAACUCAGGAAGUUAUUCUGGAAGCGACUCCAGCAGUGGAUCUGACUCUCUUUCGAGAUCAAGCAGUGGUUCAGACUCUUCCUCCAACUCUGGAAGUUAUUCUGGAAGCGACUCGAGCAGUGCAUCUGACUCACUUUCAAGAUCAAGCAGUGGUUCAGACUCUUCCUCCAACUCUGGUAGUUAUUCUGGUAGUGAUUCCAGCAGUGGAUCUGACUCACUUUCAAGAUCAAGCAGCGGUUCGGACUCUUCCUCUAACUCAGGAAGUUAUUCUGGAAGCGACUCCAGCAGUGGAUCUGACUCACUUUCGAGAUCAAGCAGUGGUUCGGACUCUUCCUCCAACUCUGGAAGUUAUUCUGGAAGCGACUCCAGCAGUGGAUCUGACUCACUUUCGAGAUCAAGCAGUGGUUCGGACUCUUCCUCCAACUCUGGUAGUCAUUCUGGAAGCGACUCCAGCAGUGCAUCUGACUCACUUUCAAGAUCAAGCAGUGGUUCAGACUCUUCUUCCAACUCCGGUAGUUAUUCUGGAAGCAAUUCUGGCAGUAGUUCUGAUUCUGACUCAGCUACGACAGCAAAUUCCGCUUCACGUUCCAGAAGUCGCUCUCUUUCCGGAUCGGGUUCAACAGCUUAUUCGGGAUCUGAUUCCGCUUCAUCAAGCAACUCGUUGUCUGAGUCAGGCGAUUACUUAUCGUUUAACUCCCGUGAUUAUUUGAACAGUUUUGAUGGAGUUAAUCAGAACGCUUUUGUUGGUUCCGAUGUUUACCGUGGAAUAUAUGGAAACCAAAAUCAAGAUUAUUACAAAGCAUCUAUGAAUCCCAACCGUAACGUUCAUACAUCGUUAAGAGGAAGAUAUAAUCACGUCCAUCCAGGCCUCAGAAAUGUCCGCCGUUAUCCUUGGACUGUGGGAGUCAUGAGGAAUGGUAUUUGCACUUGUGGCCCUUACUACCCUAUACCCAUGGCGUACUAAAUUUAGUGUAUCACGAUUGUCGAUCCCCUUAUUAUAAUCUAUCGUUUGACUGGGAUUCGUUGAUUUUUUAUCUCGGUUUUUUCUCUACUCCUAUAUGUUUGGUUUAGAUUAUUUACUCUUUUAUUAGAUAAUUAUUUUUUUUUAUCUGUGAGUCGAAAAAAACGUUACUUCAACCGUAUUAUUUUUUAUUGUUGAUUUAUUUUUUCUUCCUUUAUACUCUUUGUUUACUUCGAUUAUAUA